UGUCCGGGCUGCUGGGCUCCACAGGAGGAUGCUCGCGGUCAGGACGUUGCCGGGACGAUCCUUGCUAUUAUGUGGAUGUCGAGGGGAGAAAAAUGGCUACCGGCGAUGAAGGAGAAGAGGGUGUCGCGAUCACUUGUGGACUAACACGUCGAAUGUAACCUAUGGAUGGACACGGAGGGCCCCGCCUGGAGCUAACCUACGCAGUGUGUCAUAGCGGGCUGAGUGUUGAGCUGUGACCGCUGCUGGCUGGGCGAGCUUUGUGAAGAUGAACAUGAUGAAGAGGAUCAUGGGGCGUCCGCGGCAGGAGGAGUGCAGCCCGCAGGACAACGCCCUGGGUCUGAUGCACCUGCGCCGCCUCUUCUCGGAGCUGUGCCACCCUCCUCGUCACAUGACCCAGAAGGAGCAGGAGGAGAAGCUCUACAUGAUGCUGCCCGUCUUCAACCGGGUGUUUGGCAACGCGGCGCCCGGCAGCAUGACGGACAAGUUCUCCGACCUGCUCCAGUUCACCACCCAGGUGUCGCGUCUCAUGGUGACCGAGAUCAGGCGCAGAGCCUCCAACAAGUCCACGGAGGCGGCCAGUCGAGCCAUAGUCCAGUUCCUGGAGGUGAACCAGAGCGAGGAGGCCAGUCGCGGCUGGAUGCUCCUCACCACCAUCAACCUGUUGGCCUGUUCAGGACAGAAAACGGUGGACUGCAUGACGACCAUGUCGGUGCCGUCCACGCUGGUCAAAUGUCUCUAUCUCUUCUUCGACCUCCCCCACAUGGCCGAGGCCCCUGCCCCGCCCCCACCUCCUCCUCCGCCGCCGCUGCCACCACCCCAGGAGAAGACGGUGGGCCCGGGCCACGCCCCCACAGAGCUGCCCUUGGCCGACCGCCGAGCGCUGCUCCAGAAGGUCUUUGUGCAGAUCCUGGUCAAGCUGUGCGCCUUUGUGUCGCCGGCCGAGGAGCUGGCCCAGAAGGACGACCUCCACCUGCUGUUCAGCGCCAUCACCUCCUGGUGCCCCCCCCACAACCUGCCAUGGAGGCACAGCGCCGGCGAGGUCCUCACCACCAUCUCCCGACACGGCCUCAGCGUCAACGUGGUCAAAUACAUCCACGAGAAAAAAUGCCUGGCCACAUGCGUGCAGAACAUGCAGCAGUCGGACGACCUUUCACCUCUGGAGAUCGUGGAGAUGUUCGCCGGCCUCUCCUGCUUCCUCAAGGACUCCAGCGAUGUGUCCCAGACGCUGCUGGACGACUUCCGCAUGUGCCAAGGCUACAACUUCCUGUGCAAUCUCAUGCUGAGGCUGGAGCAGACCAAGGAGGACGAAUCUAGGGACGCGCUGAAGGACCUGGUCAACCUGGUCACAUGUCUGACCACCUACGGUGUGACGGAGCUCAAACCGGCCGGGCUGACCACCGGCGCCCCCUUCUUGCUGCCCGGAUUUGUUCUCCCGCAGCCUUCGGGCAAAGGACACACGGUGCGCAACAUCCAGGCCUUCUCGGUGCUGCAGAACGCCUUCCUGCAGGCGAAGAGCAGCCGCCUGGCCUGCAUGCUGCUGGACGCCAUCGGCAACAUCUACGGCGCCGAGCCGGCCAACUACUUCAUCCUGGAGUCGCAGCACACGCUGUCGCAGUUGGCCGAGCGUGUGGGCCGGGUCCCCGAGGCGCAGGCCAAGUACUUUGAGCUGCUGGAGCUGGUGGUGUUCAGCCUCAACUACGUGCCGUGCAAAGAGCUGUUCAGCGUCAGCGUGCUGCUCAAGUCCAGCACCUCGCACGCCUGCAGCAUCACGGCCGUGCGCACGCUGCUCAAGCUGGCGCGCCACGACCUGGUCUUCAGCGAUGUGCUGCGGGAGGUGGGCCUGCUGGAGGUGCUGGUCAACCUGCUGCACAAGUACGCUGCCUUGCUCAAGGACCCGGCCUCGCAGCACCAGGCGCACGACAACGAGCAGGCUGAGAGUGCAAACAACAGUGUGGUGGAGGAGCAGAAGCAGCUGGCCUGGCUGGUCAUGGAGACUCUGAUGGUGCUCCUGCAAGGCUCACACACCAUGAACACCAACGCAGCCCUGUUCAGGGAGUUUGGCGGCGCCCGCUGCGUGCACAACAUCGUCAAGUACCGACAGUGUCGCGAACACGCCCUGCUCAUCAUCCAGCAGCUGGUCCUGUCGCCCAGCGGGGACGACGACAUGGGCACCCUGCUGGGUCUCAUGCACUCUGCACCGCCCCGAGAACUCCAGCUCAAGACGGACAUCCUGCGGGUCAUCAUCAUCACCCAAUAG